CCCGGAAGAGCUAUUGACUAGCCAUGGCACAAUUGAGCCGACCAGGCUUCGUGUCCAACCGAGGGCAUAAAUCCCUCGACCACUUUCACCUUUCGUUUCACACCAAGAUUCGCCCUCUUCUCUCAUCAACCCAUUCACCUUCCGCAUCAACCCAUCCCUCAGUCAGAAGAGAGAUCAUCAAGAGAUGUCCAAGAUCAACAAGAAAGCUGUAGGCGCCGCGGCCCUUGGUGGCAUAGCCGGGGCAGCCUACCUCAAGAAAAAGUUGAACCAGGAUCCCACCCGAGGACCAUGGAAUCCUCGCGUGGACUUGCAAACCCAUUACGACUACAUUAUCCUUGGAGGAGGAACCGCGGGCUGCGCUCUUGCCAGCAGGCUGGCUGAAGACCCCAGCAUCAAUGUCCUUAUUCUUGAAGCCGGUUUCACCGAUGAUAUCCCUGGCAGCAUGACCCCAAUGUUGUUUUCCACGCUCUGGCGAACGGAUGCUGAUUGGAACCUGGUAACCGUGCCACAGACACAUGUCCUUGGACGUAUCAUGGAUCAGCCUCGUGGAAAGCUACUCGGAGGAUCCAGCUCCAUUAAUGCCAUGAUGUAUCACCGUGGACCUGCCUCUGAUUAUGAUGAAUGGGAAUCACUUGGCAACCCAGGCUGGUCCUACAAGGAAUGUCUGCACUACUUCAAGAAGGCAGAGGGCUUCAAUGACCCUACGCUGCCUGUUGGUCAUCUGAGGGGACCCUUGACGAAGCGUACGCCAAAGCCACAAUACGAGGAGUUCGAGCCCGAGUUCCACGGAACAGAUGGACCCUGGCAGAUCACGUACCACCACAUGUAUGGUUCUGCCGAGGGCUUCGUCAGAGCCAAUGUGGCCGAGAACGUCCCAUUCAACAAGGACUUCAACGGCAGCAGUACCCUCGGUGUUAAUCGAGUGCAGACAUUCAUCCAGCGAAACGCAGUUCGAAGCAGUGCUGCCCGUGCUUAUCUGGGUCCAGAUCGACUGCUGAAGAAUGGUAAGCCUAGGGUGGACCGAGGACGGAUUCGCAUUGUAUAUGGCGCCCAUAUUGUUCGAGUCCUAGUCCAGAAGCGUCGCGGGGUUAAGAUUGCGAUCGGUGCAGAAUUCCUGGAUACAAACCACGAGAUGCAACGGGUCAUGGCCGUCAAGGAGGUCUUGCUCUGCGCAGGAACUUUAGGUUCACCCCACAUCCUUUUGGCCUCAGGGAUCGGUCCAGUACCGCACCCUACGAUUCCUCAUAUUCACACUCUCCCCGGUGUGGGUAGGAACCUCGCUGAUCAUCUUGGUGUCCCCAUCUUCUUCCGCGCACCGUCCAGCUGCGACGUCCUUGGAUCGCAAGCGCGGUUCUACAACUUACCCAAGUUGAUGUAUGACUACAACGUCAAUGGAAUCGGAAUACUGUCCUCUCAAGGGGUGGAGAGCGCGUGCUUUGCCCGCCUUGAGGACAUCGCACCAGAGUUUGUGGCGCGGGAAAAGGCGAAUGGUACGUGGCAGGAUCGAUCCAGUGGACCACAGGCACCUCACAUCGAGGUCCUCUUCGUGCCUGGCUAUUGGCGCGAUCACGGUAAGAUCCUGGCCCCUGACAAUCAGCACUACUAUACCCUUGUCGGACUUUUGCUCAACCCUGUCUCGAGCGGCACAGUUACGAUUUCGGACGUGAAGGAUGGGAAAAUUGAGACUCUGAUCGACCCGAAUUAUCUGGAGGACGAGUUUGAUACCCGCGUGUUGGCAGAGACGGUUCGAUUCAUUCGUCGUCUCGGAGAGCGGAUGCGUAAGGACCCAACUUGUGGAGGGGUCGAGAUUUACCCUGGUGUUGAUAAGGUUCCUAGUGAUGAUGAAGCGGCGCUGCAUACCCAUAUCAAGAAGGAGCUCGCGUGCUUCUACCAUCCCACUUCGACUUGCCGCAUGGGUCCACCGUCCGAUCCGCUGGCUGUGGUCGAUGCACGUUUGAACGUCCAUGGCAUUGACCGCCUCCGUGUUGUGGACGCGAGCAUCAUGCCCAAGCUUCCAGCUGCACAUACCUGCGCGCCGACGAUCAUGAUCGCAGAGAAAGCCGCAGAUAUGAUCAAAGAGGACUGGAAGGAUUUGCCAGCUCACGGGGAGCAAGUGGUCUUUGCGAAGUUGUAAUACCAACCAUUCUACACAUUGCGAUACUGUUCGUAACUGAGCAAUAAAAAAUAUAUAUA